CGUAGAACCCGGCUUUCCGGUGAUCUGGCACUUGCGCGUUGUAAUCGCGCAUCCACUCGAUUAGCUCUUGCAUCUCACGGUUGCGCCACAUCCACGUGGGGAACCGAGUGAAGGGGUCGAUGGGUUUGGAGUGGCCUCCGAUGUUAGCCUUGGGGCCGGGACGUUGGCGCACGUAGCGGUCGAUUACUUCGGCGUCGGGCCAGUCGGCCUCCACGGCUACCAUUGUGAACCCAUGGUGCUCGAUUAGGCGCUUGGUGAUCUCUGCGCGGGCGGUGUAGAAUUCGGAGGUCCCGUGGCUGCCAUCGCCUAGAAGGACGAGGCGGUUGUUAGCGAAGGUGUCGAAGUUGGGGCUGAAGUUAGGGUCUUGGAUGUCGGGUAGGGGAUGCGCUGCCGCUGUGAAUAGUUCCUGGAGUCGUGGCAUGGUGUGACCCUGUCGAAAUGGUUGCAUAAAAUUCCAGAGUUUGCGUUUCAUGAAUUGAUGAUGGGAUGUAGAAUAUGGUGGUUAUUAUGUUGUGUCAAUUAUUAGACGUGAAAUUGUUGGGCGAGCGGCAAAUGAUUUCAUAUCUCUGUCAACGGUGGUCAUCAUGACUUCACAUCCACCAAACAACUUCUCAGACAAAAAUAAUAAGCAGAAAACACCAAAAGCCAUUAAGUGCCACGUAACCUCCUCAGGACAUGUUCAGAGGACUUAAUUAUUUAACAAUUUCACACCGAAGACACAACCAUCUCUUACAUUCCAGCGCACGUAGAAUCAUGUCAGAAUCAUUCCCCAAUGUCGCCACUCGCAUAGAACGUUUCCAAGAAGCCCAAGAAUCAGUAUACGGAAACCUCAGCGCCAUCACUAACCCCCCGGAGUGGAUUCCACCCCCGCAAUCCGGCGGCCACCACGGCCGAUAUCUCUGGACCGACGCGUUCGGCGUACUCAAUUUCAUCACUCUCCACCGCGAAUACGAGAAGGCGCCGGGCUCUUCUGGCUUCGUGCCUAAUGAUCGAUACUUAACGCUAGCGCGUCGACUAGUCCAGACCGUGCAUGAUGUGCUUGGGCGCACGCGCGAUGGCCGAAAUCGUCUCCCCGGCGCAACAGACGAGAACCCGAUGGGUGGAGGACUGCGUAUCGGUAAAAUAGAAGAGCACGGUACAGAUGGCGAUGGACAGUACCAUCAUUAUUUAACCAUCUGGAUGUUCGCGCUCAAUCGGCUGUCGCUGGCAACAGGUGAUCCGACGUAUAAUCAACAGGCUGUGGCGCUUGCCAAAGCCAUCCACCCUCGGUUCUUCGUCGCACGCCAUUCAUCCCGGCCGCGCAUGGUGUGGAAGAUGUCCAUGGAUCUCUCUGCGGCGCUGGUGGGCUCGGAGGGUAAUCUGGACCCGAUAGAUGGGUAUGUAGUUUUCCGGCUGCUGCAGGCGGCGGCGAUGCAGAUGGGAGAGGGCGAGGUGCUCGCUGAGGAGAUCGCAGACUAUAAAAAGGUAAUGAAGAGGAAGGUGAAGCACUUCGUGACAAGUGACCCGUUGGAUCUGGGGAUGACUCUGUGGACGGCCCAUUGGUUCGCAGAGAAGGAGGAAUGGGCAACGCGAUUAUCAGGUGAUUGCUUUGAACAGAUCUGUAUGUUUUCCAUCCCUUUUAACUGCCCCGCUGAUCGUGCACGGUAAUAACUCUUAUACGGACGAUCUCUUUGAAAUUGACCGCUACCUCGAUCGUAGCCAUAAGUAUCGCCUGGCAUUUCGGGAGUUCGGCACGUGUAUGGGCAUCAAAUGCAUGUCGGAGCAGUCAUCCGAGAAAGAAAGCGCGGUUGAUCUCAAGAUGUAUGCAGAAAAGAUCCUCGACUCGUGGAAUGUGUAUAUGCAGAUGUCACUCGCAACAAAAGUGACGCCGGAUGAUCUCCGCCCAAUCACGCGGGUGAUGUACGCAUCGGCAUUGCUGCCAGGGGGUUAGUAUCCGCAUAUCCGAUAUUAUUGCAAGUUAGUAGAAUUGGACUAACCGUGGUCUGCAGCCUUUUCGCGCGGGUACUUGGGACCAGAGCCCAUCCCCAACCCAGAGCACGAGUAGGAAAGAAACAACAUAGAACUUCAGGAGUCGAGAAGUAC